CAAGUUUUCAAUUCCUUGGCUUUCCAUUUGACUCAAAAUGAGGCUGUGUGUGUCUUUGGGGAUCAUCUGUAUGAUGCUGUCAGGAGUGUGUGGGUUAAAGUGUUUCACCUGCUGGAGUGCAAACCCUGGCUCCUGCACUCAUGUUUGGGACUGUGCUGAACAUUAUGACCGCUGCAGCACCUCCAUCGUUGCUGAAAAUUUGAUCACAAAAGAAUGCAUGAGAAGUGAUGUGUGCAAUAACGUGGAUUCUGUGAGUGUCAGAUGCUGUGCUGGGGACCUAUGUAACGGAGCGAAACACACUGGAGUCUUUGUCCCUCUCCUUUUAAUGCCCAUAGCUAUCAUCACACUCUUCAUUUGAAGUCUAAUGUCCUCUUUUUUACCUUUCCAUACUUUAGAAAUCUGAAUCUGCUGUGCUGUUUGAAGUGAUCAAAUGUGAAGGAAACUGCUAAUCAAAUAAGUUUUAAGGCAGUGGUAAUCUUUAAACAUUCAGAGACCUUAAUGAAGCCGGUGAAUGCUAAAAUCGGGUGGGACCAUUGAGAAUAAUUAAUUUUUCACACUGUACAUCUUUAAUUAUUUUGAUGUUUACGUGUAUAAUUGUGUCUUAUUGUA